UUGUUUCCCAGCUUUCUAAACCUCACCGAUUUUCAGGAGGGGAAUAAAGAGGUGUGAAGGCUGCAAGGACAACAUCCCACUAGCCCGGGAGGGGGGCGUCUAUACAGUGACCUCCCGCCGAGAACCUUCUGGGCCCAGCUAGGACCAGUUGGACCCAGGCCUGCCCAUCUUCAUCUCAGCCCCAGCAGUGGGGGUGGCUUGGGAGGACUGAGCGCACCCCUGCCGCCCAUCAGACUCAGCCAGCAUCUCCCGGCUGUGCCCUCCCCUUCUCCUUGCGGAGCCCCAUUCCACCAUGGCCCGUCCCUGUGGCCUCCUCACCAGCUCCAAAGAGCCCGUGCCCCUCAAGAGCAUCUCCGUGGCCGUGGCCAUCGGGGGGUUCGUGGCGGACGUGACGGCGACGCUGCGCUACAAGAACGAGGAGCAGAGCCCCGUGGAGUCGGUCUUCGUGUUCCCCGUGGACGAGGACUCGGCUGUGUACGGCUUCCAGGCCGAGGUGGACGGGAAGACCAUCGUGGCUGAGAUGCAGGAGAAGCGGCAGGCCCAGAUGAGCUAUGAGGACACGGUGGCCCAGGGCCAGGAAGCCUUCCUGCUGGAGCGGGACCCCAGCUCCGGGGACGUGUUCAGCUGCAGCGUGGGCAACCUGCCGCCCGGCCAGGAGGCGAAGCUCAGCGUGAGCUACGUGCAGGAGCUGCCGCUGGAGCCCGACGGGGCCACGCGCUUCGUGCUCCCCGCCGUGCUCAACCCGCGCUACGUCCCCGCCGGAGCAUCCGAGGCCAGCGGCGUCACGUCUCAGGUCCCCCGGGCUGCCCGCGGCGAGCUGCCCUACACGCUGAGCCUCAGCGCCAACAUCCACUCCCCGUACGGCAUCGAGAAGGUCCAGUCCAACUGCACCCUGGGGCCCCUGCGGUACCUCGGGGCGGACCAGGCGGUGGCCCAGGUCUCUCUGGCGGAAGGGCAGCAGUUCGAGCGGGACGUGGAGCUCCUGGUGUACUACAAGCAGGUGAACACGCCCAGUGUGUGCGUGGAGGCUGCUCAGCCCGGGGCCCAACCAGGCUCGCUGAUGGGGGAGGCCGCGGUGAUGGUGAGCUUCUACCCCAGCAUCCCCGACCCCAAGGAGCAGGCCACGACUGGGGAGUUCAUCUUCGUCCUGGACCGCUCGGGGAGCAUGUCGUGUCCAAUGUCCGGCGAGCUCCAUUCCCAGCUGCGCAUAGACAGUGCCAAGGAGACGCUGCUUCUGCUGCUGAAGAGUUUGCCCCUCGGCUGCUUCUUCAACGUCUAUGGGUUCGGCUCCACGUUUGACUCCUUCUUUCCGGACAGCGUGGAGUACACGCAGCAGUCCAUGGAGGAGGCCGUGCAGAGGGUGAAGGCUCUGAGCGCCAACUUGGGGGGGACGGAAAUCUUAGCACCCCUGAAGAGUAUCUUCGGCAAAGCCUGCAGGCCGGAACAUCCCCGGCAGCUCUUCGUCUUCACGGACGGAGAAGUGGGGAACACGGAGGAGGUGAUUGCUGAAGUCCGGAGCCACAGCCCGACCCACAGGUGUUUCUCCUUUGGCAUCGGGGAAGGGGCCUCCACCGCCCUCAUCAAGGGCAUCGCGCGGGCCACGGCGGGCAGCGCAGAGUUCAUCACGGGGAGUGGCCGGAUGCAGCCCAAGGCUCUCCAGUCCCUGAAGCGUUCCCUGCAGCCCGCGGUGCAGAACGUCUCUCUGAACUGGACCCUGCCCCCUGGGCUGGAGCCCGUCCUGCUGUCCCCAGCCCCCAGCGUCAUCUUCGGGGGUCAGAGGUCAAUUGUCUACGCCCAGCUAACGGGGAAGCAGCAGCCGUCAGGGGGCACGGGCUCCGUGUGUCUCCGGUUCACGCUCAGGGGUGAGGCCUUUGAAAACACUCUGCCAUUCACCCUGCAGCCGGACUCGGACUCCAGACUGACGGUUCACCGCCUGGCCGCCAAGGCCCAGCUCCAGACCCUGGAUGCUUCCGGCCGCCAAGCCUCUGACGAGGAGAAGGCGAAGGUGAUAGCGGUCAGCAUCCAGUCCGGCGUGGUCUCCUCACUCACGGCCUAUGUGGCCAUCCACAAGGAGCUCGGCCAACCCCUCCAGGGGCCUCUGGUGCGGAGGGAUGUGCCGCUCACAGGCCUGUUUGGAGCAAAAUCUUACGUUGGAGCCUGCCCUAUGACCUCUCCGCCUAUGAUGCCGUUGGUGAUGAUGGAUUGCCGCUUGUUUGGUUCCCCAGCGAGUCCCGCACCCAACUACCAUUUGGGGCGAGCUGCCCCGAAAAUGAGAAGUGCCAUUCAGGCCAAGGUGGCCAGGGAGGCCACAGGAGACCCUGCUGCCCAGGAUCCUGAGGAGAGCCCCCUUCUCCGGCUGGUUUCUCUCCAGAAGGCGGACGGCUCCUGGGCACUGGAUGGAGCUCUGGCCUCCGUCCUGGGGAUGAAGGAGGAGGAGGUGGCGGCCUCGCUCCCCGGGCAGGGGGUGGACGCCGCCGUCUGGGCCACCGUCCUGGCUGUGGUCUGGCUGCACAGCACCAGCGGGGACCAGAAGGAUGAGUGGGAGUUAUUGGAAGGCAAGGCCGUGGCCUGGCUCCGCGCCAAAGCAGGGGCCCACCUGGACGAGUGUCUCCGGGCUGCCAAUGCCCUGCUGAAGGCGUCUGUGGCUCCUGCCGUCUUUGGCCUGUGAGGGGAUGGACGGACGCUGGGAUGCCUGCAGGUCUUCUCCAAUUGCCUCUUCUUUCUACGCCUGGCUGCCCCUGGUGCCCUCCGAACCCCGGCCCCCAGCCUCCUGCCGGUCUCUGCCCCAAGGAGGGGGAACCCUGGGUCCCACCAACUGCCCUGUCCCCCAGUCUAUCCCAUUCCCCUGCUCCAUCCCACUCUUUACCACUCCGUGGUGUGCCCCAUCCCUCAGCAUGCCCAGGCCCACCCUCCUGCUCACUCCUGAUGGCCGUGGAGAUGCCCCUAGGUGGGUUGUGCUGCCAACCUGUCAUCCCUGGGCUUCCCCUAACCCACCCCGAGCGAUUGGCUGGGCACCUCCAGGGGAUUUGGCAUGCAUGAAUGACACAUGUAGAAAGGCAGCCAUCAGGAGGCACCUAGCGUGAAACAUUCCAGCCUAAGACAUCUCACCUCCGAGUUACUUCAAACGUCCAGAUUCCCACGAACACAAAGCUGAAGGAGAAGAGGACUCCGGGGACUUCAUUUUAGCCCAACUGCCUGACUUUCACUGGUCCGGCCCUGCUUUCCUUUAGCUCCUGUGGGCCGGGACUUAUUUUCAGAGCUGGAUCGAGCUUGCGUUGCCCCCAAAUCUUGGUUUUGUUGGCCGCUCAUCAAGGAAAGAGUCUGCUUCUCUCGCUAGAGAUAGGGGAGGUGAAUUUGUUUAAUUGCACCACCGGGGGAAAUUUUCCACUGCAGGGUGGUCAGGGGCUCUCUAGUGACCUGGAAAAGUUAACACAGCCAUCUCUGGGCCUGUCGUGAUCGUGGAAGAGAACUGGACUUGAGCCUGAGAGCCUGUGAUUUCUGUUUUUGCUAGAGAAAAUAUAACUUAGGGGUUGAUCUAAACCGCCUUUCAGUUAACAGAGAAAUCAGUGUGAAUUAUAUGUCAGUUUGGCGAAGGAUGCAUUCGCCGGGCGAGGUUGAAGCAAGAACAGGGUGGGAAGGCGUAGUGUCUGUGUGAGAUAUUUGUAACUCAGUAAUGACCACGUGCACCAUUAUUGGGAAGUUAACCAUCCAAACACCAUUAAUAAGGCCCAUUGCAAUGCAAGAAAUAAUUCCUAGUUAUUCUCGACAGCCCCCUGCAACCGAGCUCAUGGUUGGGGAAGAAAAGCCGAGGCAAAAAAAAGCAAAAGUUAUAAUGAGCCUCAGAAGACUGAGGCUCCCCAAGUCCCUUGAGCCUCGAGCACAUUGGAGAUUAAUUUAAAAGUUUUCAGCCGGGCCCUUGGAGAGCCUCCUCCAGGGUGAUGAAAGAGCCCAGAAAAGUGCCUUAGCGUUUAGCCCAUUGCUGAACCCAUUGGUAUCUUUGGGAGAAAGCCUCAUUCAAAUCCCUUUUAACCAUUUAGUCCCUUUGACUUCUGCAGUAGGGUUUGCAGGAUGGGCUUGGAAAACCAAAGUGCCUCCUUAAUGGGGCUCCCCUCUCAUCUGUCACUUUCUUAAAGUCCCUUUAAGGGGAACAUCUGAGGUUCCAGCCCCCAGCCCCAGGCUUGAGGGGACCACCAACCCGGGACGAGCCACGAUUUGGUUUUGCUCCUGAAUUUCUGAAAACCCAAAUACGUUUCCGAUCCUCCUCCCUGUGACUUUCAGGAAACUCGAGCUUGCCAUCUGACAGAAAGAUGCCGAUGAUAUUCUAUCAUUUUUUUUAUAUCAGAAAACUUAAGAUUCUUUCAAAUGUGUCUCUUGCUUGUCUUUCCUUACCUGAUAGUCAGAACUUCCCCUGGCAUUAAUCAUUGUCAUUAAUCUAUACAUAGUAAUAAAACAUUCACUCAGUUGA